GGCGGGUCCGCAAAGAGCAAACGCUCCAGGCCCCGGCCUGCCCCCCCCGGGGGCACGUACAAGGGCAGUCGGGUGGAGGAGGAGCAGGCCGAGGGGUCCUUCCUCAGCUCCUAGACACAAACCAGAAAUUACAAUGUCUUCUAGCAGACUGGGGCUCCGUUUGGCUGCCUGUUUACUAAACAUUUCUGAAGCCAGAAGAAAAAAUGUAGUUGAGAAAAUAGCAAAAGCUGCUCUUUUUGAAGAAAAUGGAAAGGAACAUUCUGAAGUUACAGUGCUCAAUAUAUUUUCUGAUUAUGAUUAUAACAGAUCAGUUAUAACAAUAGCAGGACCUGUUGAGAAUUUGGUCAACUCCGUUAUUGCUGCAUGUGUGGAGGCUUUCCAGGUGAUUGAUAUGGAGGUUCAAGAAGGAAUUCACCCUUGUCUUGGAGCAGUGGACCUCAUUCCUAUCUACCCUCUUUUUGGGGUAGGAGUCAAAGAGUGUGGAAUGGUGGCCAGAAGCUUAGCUGAAAAGCUAACAACUCAUGUGCCUGGUUGUAGUGUGUUUCUUUUUGGGGAAGCUGACCACCCAAAGAAACGAAGUCUUGUCCAGAGACGGAAGCAGCUUGGCUGGUUCUCAAGGAGGGAUUUCGGCUCUCUUAAACCUGAUAUAGGAAUUAUGCCUGAGAAAAGAUGUGGCUUAACAGGUAUUGGUGCCAGUCCCUAUGUGAUGAAUUGCAAUGUGACAAUUGAUUCUCAAGAUUUGGCUACUGGAAAAAAGAUUGCAAGUGUGAUCAGAGGCUCCAAUGUGGACGGACUAAGGGGCGUUCAAGCUAUGGCUUUUCCUCAUGAUGGAAAAAUUGAAAUUGCUUGUAAUGUGGAGAGUUUUGAAGAUCAAAAGCCUAUAGAAAACUCAAAAUAUAUAACAUACUGUAUUCUUGAGCAUCAUUAUUUUUACAUUUCUCCUCAAUUUCUAGAGGCUAAAAUUAAAAAGCUAGCUCAUGAUCAGGGAAUUGGUAUCAUUGGAACAGCAUUGGUUGGGUUUACACCUCAGGAGUGUAAAGAUUGUGCUGAAUAUGCUCUAAGGGAAAAGAUUGGAGAAUUCUGGAAGAAACGGGAAGGCAUUUUCAUGUGAUUCCAGCAAAUGCUGCUUUUGUAUUAAAUGAAAAGUGGAAGCCUCUAUCAAACCCUUUCUUUAUUCAAUAAAACUUGCAGAGGUUGGAUUGUAAUUGCAAUAAAAAAAUGGUAUCUUUAAAUAUCAAACAAAAAAUGACCUUGUGAUUUUGCUGUGAUUAUCAGGAAUACUUAACUACUACAUGGCAGUUAUGAAAGAUCUUGAGAGAGAAAAAAAUCAGUUCUUGGGGGAAAAUUACAUAUACGCAUUUUAUAUGUGUGUAUAUGUAUAUAUAAUAUACAUACAUGUAGAUGGAUG